AGGGUGACUGAGCCUUAUUUAGUUUAGCUGCAAUUAAAUCUUUCUCCAUCUUCAAAUAUGAAGGUCUACAAGGAUAUUUUCACUGGUGAUGAGAUGUUCUCAGACAGCUACAAAAUAAAAUUGGUGGAUGAUGUUCUGUAUGAAGUAUAUGGCAAGCUGAUCACUCGUAAAUCAGGUGACAUCGAUAUUGCUGGAUUUAAUCCACUUGCUGAUGAACCUUCUGAAACAACAGAAGAAGUAGUGCAGAGUGGUGUUGAUGUAGUAAUGAAUCAUAGGCUUCAAGAAACUUUUAUAUUUGCAGACAAAAAACAGUAUACCUCAUAUUUGAAGAAUUAUAUGAAAAGUCUAGUAGCAAAGUUGGAAGAGACCUCUCCUGAUCAAGUGGAAGUAUUCAAAACAAACACCAAUAAAGUAAUGAAAGACAUAUUAAGUCGUUUUAAGGACCUGCAAUUUUUCACCGGCGAAUCUAUGGAUGUUGAUGGCAUUAUUGCAUUAAUGGAGUACCGUGACAUUGAUGGUGAAUCUGUGCCUGUACUUAUGUUUUUCAAGCAUGGUCUUGAAGAACAAAAGUUCUAAAUAAUUUUAGGUAUUCAAGAAACUGUAGAAAAAAUAUUAUAAACUCGAAUCAAGACUGUACACAUACUAAAAAAUGGUGAAAUUUAGUUAAAGAAAAACACGAUUUUACUUCCAAACUCAUUUUACGAUGGAAUUAACUUAUUGGUUUAAACAAUUGAUGACAGUAUCAGAAAAAAGAAAAAAAAAAAUGAUAAAUGUACAUACAGUGCAACUGAAGGGAAAAAUAUAAGGCACAUUAUCCCUUCAACGUAUCAUCUGUGUCUGAUUUCGCUGUGGUGUUUGUAAUAUUAUUUUCUAUUAUUUUUUUUUUAAUCAACGUUUAUUGGCGUAUUUAAUUUAUGAUUCGAAAAAUGGAAGAUGGAGAAAGAAGUCUGCAGCGAUGGAAAUAUCAAAAUAUAUAUCUAAUUAUUGUUAACAUCAAGAAUGUCCGUGAAUAACAAUUACGUCUGAAACAUACUCUGUAUAAUGC